GGUUGUUCCUGCGGUCCAUCUGGACGUCACCAGCCCCACCAUACCUCCUCCUCAAUUCGACCCACCUAUCCUAGGCAUCAGUGUUCGCUGCCUCAGUGAUGGCCGCCACUGAGCGAAGGGACCGCCCGUUAAUGCAAAACAUCAGCGCUGUGACCUGAGGCCCGCCCAUUGAGUAGGAGCUUCACAAGCCUCAUGUGCGGCCUUUUACCAUAGAAAACAGACAUUUCUACACCUUCACCAACACCACCAAUAAAUCCAACGAUGCCGACAAGCAGUAAUGAAAUCUACACCGCACACUUCGAUAGCAACCAAUUCGUAGUUGGCGGUGGUGUCGCAAUAUUCCAUCUUGCCACGAAUCGAGUCGUGAUAUGCAGCUGCGUGUAUCGCGGACAAAAGUUCUACUUCCUCCCUAAGGGACGGCGCGACGCUGGCGAAGAGAGCGGCACAGGUGCCGAAAGAGAAGGGUACGAAGAGUCUGGCUAUCGCAACCGCCUUCUCCCUCUACCUACUGCUCACCGCCAACCGCAAGCCCACCCGCGUAUCCAUGCUUCUCCACAGACUGCCGAGCCAGUAUACAUGCAGCUCCUUCCUCUCGGUUCUCGGCAGUAUAUAAUCUACUGGUACAUUGCUGAGACACUUCCUCCAAUUCUCGAAACCCUGCUUGAGACGGAAGCAGGCGCGGCGUACAAACCACCACCGCCAUAUCCUCAGAACCUUUCUUUACGAGAGAGAAUCAAGGAAGAACCUGAAGGGUACGAGCCAAGACACCACGAGAAUACAGGAGUAGAUGAGCUGGAAGUAACGUAUAAAAGUGAGUUGGUGAGUGUGGAGAAAGCGGUGGAAAUGUUAGGACGGGAAGGCAGUAUGGGAAAAAUCAUGGCGGAUGUGGUUAAGAAAGGGUGGGAGGGAAUUCAACGGAGGCUCGAAAUGGAAGACGCUGCUACGCACGAGAGUCCUGAAGCAGUUUGAUGGCACAUGGCUAGGGAGAUGCCAGGCACUAAGCGUAGAUCGCCUUUAAGAGACUUAGCUAUAUUCACUACUCUCUUAUAUUAAUAGAACCAUAAGUAUAGUCACGUAGGUUCUUCACGCUUGAGAAGAGUACAACAAGAG